UAGAAAAAUCCUCGCUGAAGAAGGUCUGCUGCAUGUCUCCCACCGAGCUGCGAAAUAAAGGUUUCUUCUUCUGCGCAAACUUUGGAGGAAACGCGUCCGUUUGCGGCGCAUCCUGGGGUUGUGCAACUUUUCUUUGUCCGUCAAGGUUUGGAGCGUCUUGAAGAGGUUUACGCAUUGGCAUUUGGACUGGAGUUGUUUUGUUUUGGUGUGCGUGAUGAUGGCCACUUACCAAAACCCGGAGGAUGACGCAAUGGCAUUAAUGAUCCACGACACCAACACGAGCAAGGAGAAAGAGCGACCCAAAGAGGAGCCGAUCCAGGAGAAAGUCCCGGAGAAGCCGGACCCGUCCCAGAAACCUCCGUACUCCUAUGUGGCUCUCAUCGCCAUGGCUAUCCGGGAGAGCACGGAGAAGCGCCUCACUCUGUCCGGUAUUUAUCAGUACAUCAUCAGUAAGUUCCCCUUUUACGAGAAGAACAAGAAAGGUUGGCAGAACAGCAUCAGGCACAACCUGAGUCUCAACGAGUGCUUCAUCAAAGUUCCGCGGGAGGGCGGCGGGGAGAGGAAGGGGAAUUACUGGACCCUGGACCCGGCCUGUGAGGACAUGUUUGAGAAGGGGAACUACAGGAGGCGCCGCAGGAUGAAGCGGCCCUUCAGACCUCCACCGACGCACUUCCAGCCGGGGAAGUCCUUGUUCGGAGGAGACGGCUACGGCUACCUGUCCCCGCCGAAGUACCUGCAGUCUAGCUUCAUGAACAACUCCUGGUCGCUCGGCCAGCCGCCCACCCCCAUGUCCUACACGUCCUGUCAGAUGGCGAGCGGCAACGUGAGUCCAGUGAACGUGAAGGGACUGUCAGCACCUUCCUCUUAUAACCCUUACUCCCGCGUGCAGGGCAUGGCUCUCCCCAGCAUGGUGAACUCUUACAACGGCAUGAGUCACCAUCACCACCCGGCGCAUCCCCACCAUGCCCAGCAGCUGAGCCCGGCCACCGCGGCCCCUCCUCCGGUCUCCUCCAGUAACGGAGCGGGCCUCCAGUUCGCGUGCUCACGCCAGCCUGCGGACCUCCCCAUGAUGCACUGCUCUUACUGGGAACACGAAACCAAACACUCGGCGUUACACACGAGGAUUGAUAUUUAAAGUUUACCGAAUUAUCUGUGUAAAAUUAAGACUGAGAGUGAUUCCUGUGAUUUCAAAACUGAACCAAGAGUAUUUUUUUAAAGAGACCUUGCUGACGAGCUGUUUGGGUCCAUGAAGGCCGAUUAGGAGGUAUGCGCAAGCUGAUGUUGAGGAGGCUUUACAAAAUGGGACCUGGAGCUAAAGAAGCCACCAGGACGCACCAGGUAGCACAAUCUCAUGGAGCCAUUUCGUGCGCCUGUUGGACUCAUGGCCAUACACCUUGGUAUUGUAGUCAUAAAUGUGCCUUUUCACCUUUCACGGGGAUACACGCCGUUGAACUUGUUCAGCUGUGUGCGUAAUGAUCUCUUUUACGCACGGCUUUGCCAAAAGAAACAAGCUCUAAAAUGCUUUAAUGUGUUACUAAACCAGAGCCCAAUUUGGCUUUCUAAGUAGCUCUCAGCUCUCAGGCCUGCGUGCUCAAACCUCACCUCCUGUCAUGAACUCUAAAGGGGUAAAAGUUCAAACUCUGGUUAGCGAUCCAGUAACUAUCGAAACAGAAAACAACCCAGGGUUUUCAUAUUUUUGAUCCCUUGUUUGUAUGAUAAAAGUGCCAUUUUGACGCCAGCAGUGCCAGGCUUUGUUAAUCUUUCUAUUAUUUUUUUUUUUUUAUAAACGUGAUUAGCUGUGUUGUCUCAUUCAUGUUGGGGCCAUGUUUCAUUUUAAUUAGCACUUUUCCCUCUUUUCUAGGUUUGUGAAUUUCUUAAUAAACUUGUAUUUCUUAAAGUAACACAGUGGUCAUGAAGUAAUCUGUUUUUACGCAUUUAGGCUGUGAUAACCACUGUUGUGUUCAGGGAAAAAAACAACCAACAAUACAGAAGAACAAAAGUCUAGGUGCUUCACUGUCAGAAUAGUCUUUUUUUAUUUAUUUUUUUAAUGAGGAAAGUCUAAUCUUAAAG